AUGUGGAGAUCAUAUUGCAUAAUUUUUUUGUUGCUGUUUGUUUACGGGGAUGCGAAUAAGCUGCACAAUGAGCAUCCAAGGCAUGUUUCUGUUCCUGCGUUUUCUAGAUGCCCGUCGAAAUGUGCUUGUCUGAAGAGAACAGUGAGGUGCAUGAGACUGGAUUUGACUGAAGUACCGAAGACUCCGACGCAAACAACUGUAUUAGACCUUCGAUUCAACAAAAUAAAAGAAGUUAGGCCUGGAACUCUCAGGAAUAACACUCACAUAAUAUCUUUAUUGCUCAAUAAUAAUCUUUUGAAUUCACUGAAGUAUGGCUCUUUUGAUGGACUGCUUCGAGUGCAGAAUCUUUAUCUGCAUGACAACAGGAUCCAGUACAUCGAGCCUAAUGUUUUUCAAGGGAUGAAUACACUAGAAAGAUUAUACUUACAUAAUAAUCAGCUAGAAGAACUAAAGUAUGGAACAUUCUCAGACCUUCCUUCCCUAAAUAGAUUGUACCUAUACCACAACAAUUUAAAACGGAUUCCUCAAGGUACGUUCGAUAAUUUACCAAAUCUAAUGAGUUUGCGGCUAGAUCACAAUUCUCUAGUUUGCGAUUGUUCAAUGUUAUGGCUGUCCGAAAUGUUGAAAGAAAAAUAUCUGGAAGGAUCAGCCAGUUGCAAGUAUCCUACGGAGAUGACCGGAAAAUCUUUGAAGGAAAUGAGCUCCAGAGACUUUCACUGCAGUCCUUUGGAGAUCAUGGAAAGUCCUCAAGACAUACAGGUGUCGUGGGGCCAAAAUGCCUCUUUCAAAUGUAAAGUUCAAGACCCUGAGGCUUCCAUACACUGGAUGAAAGAAGAUCGAAUGUUGACACCUGAUGAGAACAAGUAUAAGAUAAUCGACAACGGUUCACUUGUGAUACAAAAUACGGAAGAAAGUGAUGGAGGAUAUUACGAAUGUAUAGCCGAGAAUGUGGAAGGAGAAGUAGCGAAAUCCAAACCAGCUAAAAUGACCGUUUUGAAACCGGAAGCAUCGAAUAUAAUUUAUGAUACCCCACGAUUCACGGUAGUUCCGGAGAAUAUAUUCGUCGAUCCAGGGCAACCUCUAGUCACCAUGAAUUGUCAAUCAGUUGGUAACCCUACUCCCAUCAUCAAAUGGGCAAAAAAUGGCGUCCGAAUCCCUCCUUCCGAAAAAUAUUCCUAUGGUGAUGAUGGAUCUUUGUCUUUAAGAAACAUUGAUCCGACAGAUCAUGGAAGUUAUCAAUGUGAGGCUGUCAAUUCGAAUGGAAGAAUAACUGCGGAAGCUAGCAUAAUUGUCAAAGCCGCCCCUAUCUUCACCAUCCAACCCGAGAGCUCCUACCCACCGCCGGGCGGCACCGUCCGCCUGGAGUGCGUCGCUUCAGGCACGCCCGCCCCUCUCAUCACGUGGUUCAAGGACGACGUGGAGAUCAUCUCGGAAGGGCGGACGACCGUCAGCGAGGACGGCACGCUGGUGCUGAUCAGGGAGGUGCGCGAGGAGGACGGCGGGCUGUAUGUGUGCGAGGCCAGCAACGAGAUGGGCAUGCGCGAGGUCAGCGCGGAGGUGAAGGUGGAGAGGGCAGCGAACGAGCCUGCCCAGUUGGUGUACAAGCCGUACAAUAUCGAGGCUAUUGUAGGCAGUACCAUUGAGAUGCCUUGCAGAGCUACUGGAGAUCCCAAACCAGGUAUAACUUGGCAGAAAGAUGGUUCCAGCAUGCAGAGGACUGGUCGGUUCAAAGUUUCAUUGGCCGGGAAUCUGUAUAUCUAUAAGGUUUCUCCAGAAGAUCAAGGCAGAUACGAAUGCAUAGCUAUAAAUGAUUAUGGAAGAGAUUCAGCUUCAGGAUACAUCACUGUGAAACCACUGCAAAAACCUACAGAUGUUACUAUUGGUGAUCAAUAUGUGAGGGUGGCCUUCGAAGAGGCAACUGAAGAAGUUGACAGAGCUAUAAACAGAACUAUCGACAAUCUCAUCAACAACAAGACUCACAACCCACGAGAUAUAUUCAGGUUGAUUCGAUAUCCUGAUGCCCCUGCAAGAGAAUUGGCCAGAGCAGCUGAGGUUUAUGAACGAACUUUGACCAACAUUAGAAAAUAUGUGGAAAAUGGAAAUAUGAUGAUAAAUUCUGUAAAAGAUUUCGACUACAAAGAAAUAUUAUCUGAAGAACAUCUUGAACUCAUCGAAAAGUUAUCAGGUUGUACGACUCAUAGACUGAAGAAGAACUGUUCGGACAUGUGCUACCAUUCCAAAUAUCGUUCCAUCGAUGGGACUUGCAACAACCUGCAGCACCCCAUGUGGGGGGCUUCUCUUACGGGAUUCAGGCGUAUUCUCAAACCUCAGUACGAGGACGGGCUGACCAAGCCUAUUGGAUGGACGAAAGACAGAAAAUACUACGGAUACCCGAAGCCUAGUUCCAGAUUGGUGUCUCUCACUCUGAUAACUACGAAAAAAAUUACACAUGAUCCAGAAAUAACUCAUAUGGUAAUGCAAUGGGGCCAGUUUCUGGACCACGACUUGGAUCACUCUCUUCCUUCCGUUACAUCAGAAAGUUGGGAAGGAAUCGACUGCAAAAAAACAUGUGAUUAUGCUGCUCCUUGCUACCCUAUGGACGUUCCUCCAAAUGAUCCUAGAGUGAAAAACCGGAGAUGUAUCGACUUCACACGAACUUCAUCGAUUUGUGGAUCAGGGACCACUUCAAUAUUUUUUGAUGCCAUACAACCCAGAGAGCAGAUAAAUCAGUUGACUUCAUACAUUGAUGCUUCGCAAGUUUACGGAUUUUCUGAUGAAUUAGCAAGGAAUCUUCGAGACCUGAACACUAAUGCAGGAAGACUAAGAGAAGGCCCAAUCUUCCCAGAAAGAAAAGCACUUCUUCCUUAUGCAGAAAAUCAAGGCGUUGACUGCAGAAGGAAUCUUACUGAAAGCACUUUGAACUGCUUCGUAGCAGGCGAUAUUCGAGUCAACGAGCAAGUGGGAUUACUCGCUAUGCACACCGUCUGGAUGAGGGAGCACAACAAAAUUGCCAAAGAGUUGAAAUUGUUGAAUCCUCAUUGGGACACGGAUAGGCUGUAUCAGGAAUCCAGGAAGAUAGUGGGUGCUGCUAUGCAACAUGUGACGUAUCAGCAUUGGUUACCCAUCAUUUUAGGACCCAAAGGCAUGGACACCCUCGGCACUUAUCAAGGCUACAACCCCAACGUCAACCCGACCAUCUCCAACGUAUUCGCUACGGCGGCCCUCCGUUUCGGCCACACCCUCAUCAACCCUGUCCUCGAGCGCCUCGACUGGGACUUCCAGCCCAUCAGAGAGGGACACCUGCCCCUCUCCAAGGCCUUCUUCUCUCCGUGGCGCGUCGUCGAAGAGGGCGGGAUAGACCCGCUGCUCCGGGGGCUGUUCACUGCGGCUGCCAAAGUGAAAAGACCCGAGGAAAACCUUAAUUCGGAGCUGACGGAGACUCUGUUUCAAGCUGCGCACGCGGUGGCCUUGGAUUUGGCCGCGUUGAAUGUUCAUAGAGGGCGCGAUCACGCUAUUCCCGGCUAUCUGGAGUUCAGGAAGUUCUGCAACAUGUCCGAGGUGCAUAGCUUCGAUGAUCUGAAGAGGGACAUCAGCGAUAGGAACGUGAGGAGGAAGAUGCAGAAGCUGUACGGGCAUCCAGGGAAUGUGGAUGUCUUCGUUGGAGGUAUACUAGAAGACCAAAAAGAUGGCGCUAAGAUAGGCCCCCUCUUCCAGUGCCUACUCAUCGAGCAAUUCAAAAGACUCCGUGAUGGCGAUAGAUUUUUCUACGAGAACCCGUCCGUUUUCAAACCCGAGCAACUUUCGCAGAUAAAACAGUACACCCUAGCAAGAGUGCUGUGCGACAACGGCGACAACAUCACGAAGGUAUCGAAGGACGUUUUCAGAUUGCCCGAGUUGCAAGGGGGCUACUCAGAUUGCGAGGCCGUUCCGAGAGUCGAUCUGAGUUUCUGGUUUGAAUGUUUCGCAGACUGCCCGAACGCUAGACGGAGUGAUGAGUGCGAGAACAGUGCUCGGAUACGGAGGCAAAUCGACCAGAAGGAAAUUCGUUCCUUUAUUCAUAGGAAUUUGAAACGGCGAGUUAGUGUUUUGGAACGGAAUGUUAAAGUAUUGAGGAAUAAUAUGAGGAGGUAUGAUAGAGCUCUCGAACAAAUGAGAAGGCAUAAUUUUACUGGUUAG